CCCUGCCAUCGAGCGUGCGGCGCGUUGAUACAGGACCAGGCCCGCCCUGAAGGUGGGUUGUGGUAAGAAAUACAAGAAUGUCUUGACUUCUCUUGACAUAUCUGGUCCCAUUUGCUUGUUCCCCUCAGACACAAUAGGCGCUUGCUUUUGGUCCCCUCUGAAGCGAUUCUCUAACGCAGUCCUGGGCUCUCAUUCACGUCAAAUUCAUUGCUCAAAUAACAUGGCUGAAAAAGAAAAAAAUCUCUACGACAGGCGCUCUGGUGACAGUGAGCGUACUGCCACUAAUGUUGAAAAUGCUCCUCCCCGCAAGAAGUCCUUCGUGGACGUUGACAUGACCAAAUUGAGCGCCGCAUUUGAGAAUCCGCUUUCCGAUAUCCCUAAGGAGAAACUCUUGGAAGAAGUCGAGGUCUUCUGCAGAGAUAACAAUCUCAUGGAGUAUAUCGAGGCAUUCCGCAAGGGUGCGUUGGUAGCUCAAUCACCCAAUGCCGUUGAUGGUAUUGUCGAGCUAUCGCCCGAAGACCGUGAAGUCCUCGAGCGAGAGCACACCCACCGCUGGUCUCAACCAUUCACUCUCUACUGGUUGGUUAUCAUGUGCUCGCUGGCGGCUGCUGUGCAGGGUAUGGACGAAACGGUGAACAACGGUGCACAGGCACUCUAUCUCAAGCAACUCAACGUCACCACCAAGCGGUUCAGCCAAGACAUGGUUGACAACUUGACUGGACUAGUCGUCGGUGCACCAUAUUUGUGCUGUGCUGUUCUCGGUUGCUGGCUUACAGAGCCGUGCAACAAGGUCUUUGCUCGUCGAGGAACGAUCUUCAUCUCUUGUUUCAUUGCCGCAGUUGCCUCGGUGUGGGAAGGGGUUGCUAAUUCCUGGGUCAAUCUGUUUUUGGCACGAUUCGUUCUCGGCCUUGGAAUUGGUCCCAAAUCUUCUACGGUACCAGUCUACUCUGCCGAGUGCACCCCAGCCCCAAUCCGUGGCGCGCUGGUUAUGAUGUGGCAAAUGUGGACAGCAUUCGGCAUUAUGCUUGGAAACAUUAUGGGCGUGGCAUUCGGUGGACUCGCUCCAGAUCUUGGCUGGAGACUCAUGCUCGGCAGCACUGUUGUCCUUCCGCUUAUCGUCUGUGCGCAAGUCUACUUCUGCCCUGAAAGUCCCAGAUGGUACAUCCAGCAUAAUCAUCCAGAGAAGGCAUUCCGAUCCUUCCAACGCCUGAGGUUCACAGACCUCCAAGCCGCAAGAGAUACCUACUACACCUACAUCGGGGUGGAACUUGAACGCAAGGCCCACAAAGGCAAGAAUUUGGUCACACAGUUCAUUGAGCUCUUCACUGUUCCCCGCAAUCGACGAGCCACCUUGGCGUCAUGGAUAGUAAUGUUCGGGCAGCAAUUCUGUGGCGUUAACGUCAUUGCUUACUACUCGACGACCAUAUUUGUCAGUUCCGGGUACUCAAUAACGUCGGCUUUGUUGGCUUCAAUGGGCACAGGCAUCCUGAAUUGGGUUUUUGCUUUGCCUGCCGUGUUCACCAUCGAUCGCUGGGGGCGUCGCAAUCUCCUGCUCUUCACGUUCCCUUUCUUGGCCAUCUUCCUGUUGUGGACUGGCUUCAGUUUCUGGUUCCAUGACACCAAGACCAAAGUUGGGAUGGUUACGACGGGCAUGUACUUAUUCGAGGUCUUUUACUCGCCCGGCGAAGGCCCUGUGCCAUUUACGUACUCGGCAGAAGCAUUCCCCGUGCAUGUUCGGGACGUCGGUAUGAGUUUCGCGACGGCCACCACAUGGUGUUUCAACUUCAUUCUCAGCUUCUCUUGGCCUCAUCUCUUGACGGCUUUCAAGCCUCAGGGUGCAUUUGGAUGGUACGGGGCAUGGUGUAUCAUCCUAUGGGUCUUGAUUCUUCUGUUCGUUCCCGAAACCAAGGCCCUGACCCUCGAAGAACUGGAUCAAGUGUUCAGUGUCAGCACUCGUAAGCAUAUGAGUUACCAGAUGAAGAAUGCUGUCUGGCAUUUCCGCGUGUGGGUUUUGAGGCAGAAACUCGAACCGUUGCCACCAUUUUACCACCGAGCAGAGAAGGUGAAUGAAGCGUGAUAUAUGAAAUCAUUGCUUUGUCAAGUGUGCUGAGGGUUUGGCUGAGUAAGUGUUACGAUAUCUGGGUUCCGGUCUAGGGGCCACUGGGGGUAGAUUUGCUGUUGCUGCUGAACUAUUAUCCGGAGAAAGCCUGGGCAAACGUGAAGUAUGUAGAAACGCUGGGCGAGUAGAAGAACGAUGGGGAUUGGGGAUCAUCUGGGCUCUGGACCUUGCUGUCGACCCAUUCCGAAAGUGCCCGACGGGUGUUGCUCGGGCUGAUGUUUACCGAGCUCAGCCAGCGGAAUUUGGCGAUUGCAAUGGCCUACCAGCCUCUCUCGAAUAAUAUGUCCACAAUUGGAGACCGG